GAUGAUUGCUAUUGUUGAGAGUGACUUAUACAAUAGUGCAGUCACUACUUGUGAUCAACUAAAGACUUUUGCAUUUGAAAGUCAUCCAAAAUGUUAUGCUGAUAAUGGAUUUUGUGAUGAUAUACUUGUGUCGCCAAGCUGUCAAAACCUUCUUUGUCUGUCAAAUGAGGUUUUUGUAUGGAGUGAUUUUUUUAAUAAGCUGGCAAUACUACAGGUCCCUAAUACAUUUCUAUUAUGUAGUGGAAGUCAAAUACUUAAAUAUAUUCGUGCUAUACCAUCUUGUGCUAAAAAUGGUUUGAUCCAAGCAUUAAAUGACUCUACAGAUUGCAAUGCAGCUGGAUUAGAUGUGGUUCUUGUACUUGAUUCUUCUGGAAGCAUUGGACUUGACAAUUUUGAGAGACUGAAAACCUUCAUAAUACAAAUUUUGUCUAGCUUUACCAUUGGACCAGAUGACACUCGUGUUGGAGUCAUUCGUUUCUCUACUGACGCAUCAAUUGUUAUUCCUUUAGGCAGUUCUGGAUUUUUUUCUGAAUUGUCAUCUCGUAUCAAUAGCAUUUCAUAUGAUGGAGGUAGUACUUACACCGAUAAAGCUCUUCUACGCUUAUUAUCAGCAUUCAACACAGCACGUACUGAUGAGGGGGUACCUAGUGUUGCUAUUGUUUUUACAGAUGGAGUGUCAAAUAGCCCUAGUCUAACACGAACAAAUGCUAGAGCUGUCCAUAAUGCUGGAAUAUAUACUUAUGCCUUUGGCAUUGGAAGUAACAUUGAUUCUGAAGAACUAAAUUACAUUGCUAGUGGUUCAGAUUAUGUGUUAAACAUAAACAGUUUUUCAUCCUCUGAUUUUGAAACUGCUCUUCGACCACUUCGUACUAGAGCAUGCAUGACUACAUCUUCUUUAAGUAUUGGAAAUUUGAUUACAGGAUAUGUUGGACUAAAAGCAUUUCGUUUGAUCAAGUUUAGCUUCCCUUGGCGUUUAGGAAUGACAGUAAAGUUGGCUAUAUCAGCUGGGGAUUUUAUUAUCCGUGGAUCGUUUUGUGUCCCGAAUCCAACAGAACUAACACAGGAUUUUGUUGUCACAAGUGAUGGAUCUGACAUUGACUAUUUUGUUAGUCCAGAAUUAUUUGAGAGUUCAACUACUGUUAUUGAUGAUAGCCAACAGCGUCGAAAGAGACAGGCACCUACUAAUGUUACAGAUAGUAAUCUCUACCUGUCUAUCAUUGGAGUUGGCAACAACAACAGAUUUUCUUUAAAUACUACUUAUGGUGAUACUACUGAUGCUGUUUCUGCUGCCGGAGGUCCAACUGGCUUGGCUUCUCUACUGAUCAGUGUCUCCUUAGAAGACAAAGCCAGUAACAAUAUUACAUGUACAUGGCCUAAAAUAAAAUUAAUAAUGAUGAGAAAUUAUAAAUAAUUAUGGUCAGAAAUAUAAUAAUAUCUAUAUCUAUGACUAUGAUGUAAUCUGUUAGAUUGUAAGUUUCCUUAAAAGCAGAUAAUGCUGUGUAUUCUCUGCAUUUUGGUAGUAUGACUGGUAGCUAUUACUUUGCUGCUAACUGAGAUCAAUUCUGACAAUGAAGUUGUACUCAUGCUAUGUGGGAAGUUUGAGCUGAUUCCGAAGAACAUUUUUCAAGAUAUCCUAUUUUUAAAAAGGAGUGGACUAUAUGUAUGCAUAUACUUAUAUGCAUCAAUGGUUUUUCAAAAGUUGGCUAACAAAUAAUUUUUGUACCCUAUUUAUUUAUUAUGAUUUCUACUCCUUCAAGGGAUCAUUGCAUUGAUAAUUUAUAUCAUCCUUGUGAUAUUGUAUCUGAUGAUUCAGAUUGCAGUUUUUAUUACAACAACAGCCUUUGCAUAUUGUUAUGGUAGUGGAGAAGAUAAAAAGGAGUUGCUGCAUAGUCUCUUCAAAUACAUGCAUUAUUUUAAGAAGGAUCCAUUAGAUACAGGUUUUCCAAUGGAAUCAAAGAUCUGUGAAGAUCCAGAAGAAGAGAAAUUGGUCAAAAGCAAUGAUGUCUCUGAGACUGAAGUGAAGGCUCAAUUUAAAUUAUGUGGAUUGGGCUCAAUUAUACUGCAGAUGCUGUUCUUAUCACUGACUAUCACUGUGUUUGUUGCCAUCAUUGCAGUUUCAAAGUGAUCCAACUAUAAUGCUAUGAUAUUAACUAUUAUUACAAACUGUUAUUAAUUCAUUCAUUCAUUCACACUAUCAUUCAUUAUCAAUAAGAUCAACAGUAUAUAGUCUCAUUAAUAACAA